AUGGCAUCCGUCAAGACUGCUCUAGACACUUCAAAGAGGAUUGCCUUCAUUGGUGGUGGCAACAUGGCUUCAGCAAUGAUAGGAGGUCUCCUAGCAAAUGCAUAUCCUGCAAGCAACAUUGUCGUCUCGGAACCAAUCCAGGAACGAGCUGCCCAUCUCAAAUCCCACUUCAAAGUCGGCGUGGCCUCAACAAACGAAGACGCCGUCAACUUUACCGGCCACUACUCUCAAAAACCAGCUGACAUCGUCAUACUUGCUGUAAAACCCCAAGUCAUGAAACCCGUAGCCAGCAGUAUCGCAAAAGUGUGCCAAUCUAUACGCCCGCUCGUAAUCACCAUUGCUGCCGGAAUACGCACUCCAGAUCUGAAUCGCUGGUUGUCGAGUGACGAGAAUGGAGUCCAGCUGCCAUCUGCUCGUAAUAUCGCACUUGUACGAGCAAUGCCAAACACCCCGGCAUUGGUAUUAGAAGGUGCUACUGCUCUAUUCGCAGGUCUAGGUGUCACCCAGCAGCAAAAGCAGGAAACGUAUAAUGUCAUUGACUCGGUAUCCAAUCGUACAUAUUGGGUCGAACAAGAAAAUCUAUUGGAUGUCGUUACCGCCCUAUCUGGAACCGGCCCAGCAUACUUCUUCUUGUUGAUUGAAUGCUUGGAACAGGCUGCAGUACAACUAGGUCUGCCUAAAGAAGUGGCUAAAGGUUUGGCUGCUCAAACUGCCCUGGGAGCUGGUAAAAUGGCCAUAUCCAGUCCCUUUGAACCACGGGAAUUGAGACUGCAAGUCACGUCUCCCAAUGGUACUACUGAAGCUGCUAUGAAGCUACUCGAAUCUGCUGGUGUACGUAAAAUGUUUGCUCAGGCCGUCGUAGCUGCCAUGAAUCGUAGUAUCGAGUUGGGUGAAUUGUUUGGCAAGGACAACCAACCGGUUUACAUCAACGAUCCAAAAAAGAUAGCUGCAGUAGCUGCCCCAGUUAAACCAACUCAUACGGUCGUUGGAACUGCAUUGCUGAAAAAGAAUAAGGAGAUCAUCGCAUCUGCAAAGAUUGAACAACUUCAACAGGCUGUUGAGGCUGCUUCACCGCCAGACACGCCAAAGAAGCGAAAGAGAAGCUCAAACCCUGUAGAAGAGAUCGAAGCUACACCUAAAAAGGUGAAAUCCAGCAAAAAGGCAUCAAAGAAGCAUCAACCGGACGAUGAAACUCGUAGUGAUCAAGAUAUAGAAGCUGCUGCUGAGGAUGUCGUUAUGGAAGACGUGGUGUUAGUCGAGCCAACACCUGUAGUAAAAGCACCUGUGGAAGAAAAGAAGGUGACUCGACCGCCUAAAACAUCUGGCAAGAAGGUGCCUGUUACGGAUAGUCCUGAGAAACUUGCCAGGACUAUCUUUGUGGGGAAUGUCAGUACGGAUGUCCUCGAGAAGGCCGUAUUAAAAGAAUUCAAGGCCAUCUUCUCCACGUACGGCCGUAUCGAAUCAAUCCGAUUCAGAUCACUAGCAUUCUCCAUUGCACUUCCCCGAAAGGUAUCCUUUAUAGCCAAGAAGCUACAUCCAGGUCGUGAUACGUGCCACGCAUAUAUCGUUUACGCUCCCACGGAACCAUCAUCAGAUAAAACCAACACCACUAUAAAACCAGCCCAAGCAGCCCUCGCUGCAAACGGAACCGAAUUCCAUUCCAAACACCUCCGUGUAGACGGCCUUUCCACCAACGCCGAAAAGCACGACCGUAAACGAACCGUGUUUGUUGGAAACCUAGACUUUACCAUCGCGGACGAGACACUACGGGCUGCAUUUGAAUCAUGUGGUGAUAUUCACGCCGUGCGUGUUGUACGUGACAAGAAGACUAAUCUGGGAAAAGGGAUUGGGUAUGUCACAUUCACGGACGUGUCGUGUGUGUCGAUUGCGCUGAGGAUGGAUGGUUUGGAGAUUGCGGGACGGCCGGUGAGGGUUAGUCGAUGUGAAAAGGAGAAGGUGAAGGAGGAUGAUAGGAUUGUGUGGGAGGGUGCGAGGUCAAAGAGAGGGGAUGUGGGGACUAAUAGUAAGAAGAAGGGGACAAAGAAGAGGAGGGAGGCUGAGAGGAAGCAUGGUGGUGGGAAGAGUAAUAGUAGUACGGGUGGUAGUAAGGGUGGUAAAGGUCCUGCUAAAGGCCAUUCCAAGGGAUUGAAACGCAAGUAG